CUUAAUAUUAUUUACAAAUGACAAAAUCAAUAUGAAAAAUCCAAAAUUGAGGGUGAGGUGCGCCAUAUAUGUAGACGUACCCUCUAGAAUAUACAAAUAUUUAGAAAUGUACAACUUUUAGUCCACUGAUUACUUUUGUUUUCCGAAGCAUUAUCGACAAUUUAUUUGUAAUAAAGCCAUAGAAAGGAAAGCUAAAGAAUAUGAUUCUGCAAAUCUGGACACUUUACUAAGCAAUAUGCACUAAUCGGGGAACUGAAGUUACUGUACAGAAAGGAAUCGAAUGUUGAUUGUAGAAGGUAGAUAAAAUUUGUGUCAGCAGCUCCUUUUUUUCCCAAUCUUUUCCAUGUUCCUAUGAAUUGAUUACUCUAUCUACAUAUUAUUCCUUUACCUUCUCAAUUGGUUGCUCUAUCUAUAUAUUCCUUAUUUCGGAAUAUUUAUGACAAAAGAAAAAAGUCACCAAAAAGGUGGUUGAACCACAUAUCAGGAUACAAAAAUAAGAGUAAUCUCCAACGUAUACGUCCGAGUCUUCAUUAUAAUAACGUAGUUGCUCCUAUAAUACUUGUUUUCAUUAUAAUAAAAUAGUUCCUCCUAUAAUACAUGUGUGUAAUGGUCAUUCUUAAAUUAAUUUAAUUAUGAAAUAUGGUAAUGAAUAAUUGAUUUUUUUUUUUGUGAAAAAUAGAGUGCAAAAGGGGCUCUAACCUUUAAGUAGAUAUAAUACGAGGAGAAGGUGGAUAAAGAACUAGAAAAUCAAGAGAAGGAGACGAGGGAGGAUGGUUGGAUCGAGCGGAGAAAGAUCCUCGAAGCGUAGAGAGCGAAGAUUCUUGUACAAUAAGAGGAGAGAUGACACCAACGGUCAAGAAUCUCAUGGAUGCGAGAUGAGAAUCGAAAUACCAAACUAUUUCAUAAAAAAAAAAUGAAAUGACAAAGAAGAAAUAUGAUCAUGAAAAUCCAGGAUGAGCUGGGUCGGAUUGAUCCGGGCCAGAAAGAAGAAAGUAAAUGCAUUAUAUAUUACUUUUCACAAUUUUUUCCAAUCUCAAGGGGAUAUGGGAAGCAACAAGGUUAUUGAAGGAAUUGAGAGGAAAGUAAUGCAAAAAAUGAACACGUUAGUACCUCGAUGGUGUAGGAGGGAGACACUAGGGUUGUAUGGGUCACGAGUGUGAUUGACAGAGGAGUCAGAGCGAAUGGUCUACUAACGGGUAAUAUAGAAUGUAGAGAGAGAAAGUGUAGAGAGAGUGGUUUCGUCUUAAUGACGUAUCCCCCUCUAUCCGUAGUAAAUGUCCUAUUUAUAGGUUCUAAUACGGUAGGUAAAUAUUAAAUGUGAUAAGACAUGAUGUUAGGUGGACAUAGCGCGGCUCGUAGUCCGUAGAUGACGCAUGCAAGUGGGAGAAGAAUCCGGAAGUAUUGUUUGCGCUAGACACCUUAGUCGUAUCCCCAACAGAACAUCAACCUUUUCCAACCCUUUUCAACGAAUGGAAUUGAAGUAGUAAUUUGUGAAGGAAUUCGAUUACCUUAUGUGGUAAUAGGUGAUUUCAAUGUUACCCUCCACGAAUAUGAAAAAUAUGGUGACAAUCCCUGGAAUGUUUCCCAGUCUAUUGAUCUACGGAACUUUGUUCAUGACCUUGGCCUGUAUGACCUGGGUUAUCAAGGUGAUCAAUUCACUUGGACAAAAAAACGUAUGAGUACUGCUUGCAUUAGAGAGAGACUGGAUAGAGCUCUAUGUUCAUAGACAUGGGUUAACGCUUUCCAGAUACACUUGUUAAACAUUUCACGGAUCAAGGAUCUGAUCACCGGACACUGCUCCUAUAUGAAAAACCCUAUGUUUUAAAUAGUCGCCCCCUUUUCCGAUUUGAUGCUCAUUGGAUGGAUAAUCCAGAGGUUGAGGCAAUGGUGACAUAUGUUUGGCAAGAGGCAAUCCAAGGGACUCCAAUGUACCAGCUUUGAGAGAGACUCAAGCGACUUCGCCAUCUACUCUACGAUUGGAGUAGGGCGGGCACUACCAACUCAUUGUGUAACCUCAAAACCCUCCAAGACGAUCGAAUCAAGUUAAUCCAUCUGAUCAACUGGGAUGAAGUAAGGACCCUCGAAUCUGAGUUAAAUAGACAAUGGAAGGCAGAGGAAGUCUACUAGCAAUAGAAAUCUCAUGCCCAAUGGCUGAAAAAGGGUGAUAAAAAUACAUCGGAUUUUCGUACGGUUACGAGAGCUCGUAGAAAAUGGAAUUUUGUGUAUGGCCUUUGCAAUGACGAUGGAGAAUGGGUCACUGAGGAAAAUGGGAAGGCAAACAUAGCCAGUAAUUUCUAACAAGCCCUGUUCACGUCAGAAAAUCAGGGGUUGAACAUGGCCGAUAGGAUAGCUGAUCUUUCCAUACCUCACAAUGUUACGCCACAAAUGAAUGCACGUCUCACGAUGGAAGUCCUCCCUAGUGAAGUCAGGCAAACGGUCUUCUCCAUGGGAUCAAAGCAGGCACCUGGUUCUGAUGGGUUUACGGGUAAAUUCGUCAAGGCCUUCUGGGAUAUUGUAGGCGCCUCUGUUAUUGAGGCUGUCUGCUCGUUCUUUACAAUGAGUAAGAUGCUCUAUAGCUUCAAUCAUACCUGGUUGACGUUAAUCCCUAAAGUGGAUAAUGUCGAAACUAUGAGGCAACUCCGCCCGAUUAGCUUAUGCCAGUUUGUGUAUAAAGUGAUAACAAAAAUCAUGGUUGAAAGAUUAGCUGGCCUCUUACCUCAAAGUAUCUCAGAAGGUCAAAAUGCUUUCAUCCGUGAAUGGCAAAUUGUAGAAAAUAUCCUUCUUGGGCAUGAGUUAAUGCACUACCUGAAAAUCAAAAUGCGAGGUAAGAAAGGGUACAUGGCUCUAAAGGUUUACAUGGAAAAGGCCUAUGAUAUUGUCGAAUGGCCAUUUCUUCUUGAAGUUUUGGACAAGAUGGGUUUUGACUCCAUGUGGAAAGGGUGGAUACAGGAAUGUCCCAGAUCGACGACAUUUUCAGUUCUCAUGAAUGGAACCCUGUCGGGUUUCUUCUCACCCUUGAGGGGGCUCCGGCAGGGGGAUCCUUUGUCUCCUCUUCUCUUUGUGAUUUGCACGGAGGGGUUUGCAGCGCUCCUUCGGAAAUCAAUCUCUGAUGGGAAGCUUGAAGGUGUGAAAGUGGCUCCUAGAGCUCCCCGUAUCUUGCACUUGUUUUUUGCUAUUUAUUUCUGAGAGGGACCCUCCAGGAAUGUGAGAAUUUGAUCGAGGUAUUGAAUGAGUAUGAGGAGUUUAGUGGCCAGAGGGUGAACCUGGCAAAAUCGACAGUUUGCUUUAGUAAGAAUAUUGCUCUAUCGGACCAGGAGUUCUUAGCACAAAUUCUAGGAGUCGGGGCUAUGGGGGUCCAUGAUAAAUAUCUGGGGGCUUCCUACUUUGAUCUCCCAGUCUAAAACGGCCACAUUCCACUAUUUGGAGGAGAAAUUAUUGGAGCGGCUCCAGAGUUAGAAACGCAGGACACUCUCUUGGAAACCCAAUCCAAAAUGGCCUUGCCAUUACAUGUUGUAUCUUGUUUCAUGUUACCUCACUUUUUAUGUUGCCUCCUGAACAAACAUAUGGCCCAUUUCUGGUGGGGUGUUGAAGAGGGUCAAACAAGGAUUUGAUGGAUAUCCCGGUGCAAUAUGCGCAGGAGUAAGCAUGACAGUGGUAUGAGAUUUCAUCAAUUCGAGCAUUUUAACUAGGCUCUUUUAGCCAAAUUUGGAUGGCGUAUCCUUAAUGAACCCCAAUCUCUCUUAGCAUAAGUGUACAAAGGGAAGUAUUUCCUCUCGGGAACGGUUCGCUCUCGCCCAUCUUGGAGAUGGUAGAGUAUCCUCUAUGGCCGGAAGUUAUUAGAAUUGGGGCUGUGAUGACAAAUUGGUCAUGGUCAGAAAGCCUCUCUGCUCCAUUCCAAUUGGAUUCCUCGGUUGCAUCCCAUUCUCCCAGUGUAUAACCCUCGAGUGCUUCCCGAUGAGGGGGACCUCCCGAUGGCGGAGGUUAUAUGUCAGGGGAAGGGCGUUGUUGUGACCUAAAACUUAGCUAGUGGUUUGACCCGCCCAUCUGUUAAACUAUUAAAGCUAUUCCUCUUCCUUGUCAGAUUGUAAAGGAUAGGCUAAUCUGGCAUUGCCACAACGGAUGGGGUCUUCACAGUUAAGCCGACCUAUCACUUUGCUAUUCUAUUAGAUCAACAGCGGGGUCGCUGGAAAUCCAUGACCAGUUAGGGGUGGGCAACGGGACGGGAUUGUGUACCCGUCCCGUUUGAAACAGGUACCCAAUUUCAUUUGGAGAACAAAGUCCAUCCCAUGUCCCAAACCCGUAUAGGUUAACAGGUACCCGUUACCCAUACGAGACGGAUAACUAGUACCCGAACUACCCGUAUAUACCCGUUCAACAUGGGAACAAUUACAAAACUACACAUGAAACAAAAUAACAAAAUUAAACCUGUAACAAAAUGACACAAGAAGAAAAGAGACUUAAUAAUUGAUACACUGGGCACAAAACAAAAUGACAUAAAAAUUAAGUGAAGUAACUAAAACUAGCUCCUCCUUGACAUAAAAAUUAAUUGAGACA